AUGGGCCGCCACAACCUCGAAUACCCCAAAGACGCCCUCAACAAGGUCAAGCGCCACGGCGAGCGCGGCGUCUACGCCCUCGAGCGCAUCCACGCGCUCGUCAACGCCUCGCCCCUCAUCCACCUCUCCAUGACCGUCCCGGACUCGCCCUUCCCCGUGACCCUCCCCAUGAUCGGCCAGAUGGGCUCCUUCGCCCGGCCCUCCGCCUCCCUCGGCGACCCCCUCGACCUCUACGUCCACGGCUAUGUCUCCGGCCGCAUGUUCAACACCGCUUCCUCCUCCUCCUCCUCCUCCUCCUCCGGCGAGGGCAUCCCCGUCUGCGUGUCCGCCGCCCACGUCGACGGCCUCGUCCUCUCCCUCUCCGCGUUCAACUCCAGCUACAACUACCGCUCCGUCGUGCUCUUCGGCCACGCCGCGCUCGUCACCGACCCGGAGGAGAAGCUGUACGCGCUCAAGCUGCUGACCGACGGCGUGGUGCCGGGCAGGUGGGAGGGCGCCCGGCUGCCCCCGACGCAGGCGGAGCUGCAGAGCACGUCGGUGCUGCGCGUGCGCGUCGUCUCGGGCAGCUUGAAGGCGAGGGACGGCGAGACGGGGGAUGAUAAGCAUGAUAUGGAGGAUGAGCGCCUAAGGGGGGAGGUGUGGACGGGCGUGGUGCCGGUCCACCAGGUGUUUGGCGAGCCGGUCCCGUCGUCGUACAACAGGGUUAAGGAGCCGCCGGCGUACAUUACGGACUACGCGAGGGAGACGACCAAGGAGAAUGGCGAGUAUGCGGUGAAUGCCAUCAACGCGCAGAAAAAGUAG